GAAACAAUUCGAAAGAUGUCGGGCAACGCUGUCGUUGUGUGGGUCUACUUACUUUCCAGCCUCGGCUGGCGACAGUUGUCUAUUUUUUGCCAUGCCGACCCGGGCGAUAAGGGAACGACUCACCGGACUGCUGAUCUCGUUCGGUCCGAGAGACGAUGUACUGUUCUAUAUUAGAUUGGGCCCACACUGCGUCUUGCAUCCUGACGCAGUAGCUGCCCUUCCAGGAACACCGUUGGCGCCAGCAGAGCCUCGGCUGCGGCUGCUCUUCACCCAAGUUCCCGCCGAGUGGAUUCGCCACCGCCAAAGAACACUCCCAACGACCCUCCCACGCAAGCUCGGCGUCAAACAACAGCUGAGAUUGCCGCCCUUUUUGUGUGUCCGGGGAUCGAUGGGGGUGUACCUCGGCAAAGACCAUUCCGACCACCAUCUUCUGCCGGUUGUACUGUGUAAAAACGGAAGUUGUGGUGGGUUGUGGAUCGAGAGGUACCACGGCGACCCGUUGAGGCGACCCGUUGAUGAUUACAUCGGUAUAGAAAAGUGUUUAUGUUCCAGCUCAGUUCUUCAUCCUAAAAUGGUAACUACCUAUUUGCGGCUUAACCGCGAAAAGUCAACCGUCUGUACCCUCGAUGAACGACAUCCCCUCCGGCGCCCUUGAACAACCGUCCCAAUUGGGAAAGCUCACCACCGGCAGCUUGAACGAGGACAGAAGCCUGCGCUGGUUGAGUCUAGUUGAAAGGAUAGGGAAAUAUGACCGCUAAUCCCGGUCCCCGUCCCCGGCACCGGCCUCGGCACCGAUGGCGUAGCCGCCUGCGUAGCCUUCUGCGUAGCCGCCAGCGCAGACAGCGGCAGCGCCAUGCGCCGGGGCCACCACUCGGCAGCCGCCACCGCAACCGCAACCCCGACCCCUACCUCAACGCCUAGCCCGCCCCCGCCG